UCCAGGCUCCGAGCCAUCAGCCCAGAGCCCGACGCGGGGCUCGAACUCAUGGACCGUGAGAUCGUGACCUGGCUGAAGUCGGACACUUAACCGACGGCGCCACCCAGGCGCCCCCUAAUACAGCUUUCUUGGGACAAGUCACAGAGCGUAUGAUUUACCUGGUGGACGUGUACGAGCCGGUGGUUUUUAGCACAUUUGCAGAGCUGCGCAGCCACCCGCACCUCCUAAUUCUAGAACAUUUCCAUCCCUCCAUUAGACGCUCUGUGUGGCUUAGCGGGGCCCCCUGCCCCCUGCCCCGGCCUCCCGCAGCCACCCACCUGCCUCUUCUGGACAAUUCGCAUAAGCAGGACCCUGUGACAGGAAGCUCUGUGUGCGGCUGUCACGCAGCAGGACGCUUUGGAGACCCACCGCGUGUGGCAUGAAUGGGGCCCACAUUCCUUUCCCUGGCUGAGUCACGUUCCACCGUCUGGACCGUGCCCGCUUCUCAGUUACCUUUGCUCAAGAGCCCGGUGUGAGCCCGGCCCACUGCCUGUGCUGUGUGUGUGACAGGAAACUGCCAGACCGCCUUCCGCAGUGCGCGUGCUGCCCCGCCUUCCCGCCGGCACCCGGGGCCCCUGCCACCGGCCCUCGUCGGCCCCGUUCUCCAUCUCAGCGCUUCUAACAGUGGACGGGAAGGACAAGACAGCAGCGAUGCCCGACUCUCCCGCGGAGGUGAAGAGUCAGCCCCGCUCCACGCCUCCCAGCAUGCCGCCCCCGCCGCCUGCCGCGUCCCAGGGGGCCACUCGGCUCCCCCCCUUCACGCCGCACACAAAUCGAGAGGACGGGCCCACGAUGUCCCUGCCCCACGGCCGUUUUCAUGGCUGCUUAAAAUGGUCUAUGGUCUGUCUUUUAAUGAACGGCACCCACUCGCCGACGGCCGUCAACGGUGCGCCGUCCACACCCAGUGGCUUCAGCAAUGGCCCGGCCACCUCGUCCACCGCCUCCCUGUCCACGCAGCACCUGCCCCCGGCCUGCGGGGCGCGACAGCUCAGCAAGCUGAAACGCUUCCUCACCACCCUGCAGCAGUUCGGCAGUGACAUCUCCCCGGAGAUCGGGGAGCGCGUGCGCACGCUGGUGCUGGGGCUCGUGAACUCCACGCUGACCAUCGAGGAGUUCCAUUCCAAGCUCCAAGAGGCCACCAACUUCCCUCUGCGUCCGUUCGUCAUCCCCUUCCUAAAGGCUAACCUUCCCCUGCUGCAGAGGGAGCUCCUGCACUGUGCCCGCCUGGCCAAGCAGACCCCCGCCCAGUACCUGGCCCAGCAUGAGCAGCUCCUGCUGGACGCCAACGCCUCCUCCCCCAUCGACUCCUCGGAGCUCCUUCUGGAGGUCAACGAGAACGGCAAGAGAAGGACGCCUGACCGGACCAAAGAGAACGGGUCAGACCGUGACCCGCUGCACCCCGACCACGUCAGCAAACGGCCGUGCACCCUGAGCCCCGCCCAGCGCUACAGCCCCAGCCACGGGCCGCCCCAGCCCACGCCGCCGCCGCCGCCGCACUACCGCCUGGAGGACAUGGCCAUGGCCCACCACUUCCGUGACCCCUACCGCCAUCACGAGCCCCGGGAGCGCCAUCGGCAGCUUGCGGUACACGGGUCCCGGCAGGAGGAAGUGAUCGACCACCGCCUCACGGAGCGGGAGUGGGCAGAGGAGUGGAAGCACCUGAACAACCUGCUGAACUGCAUCAUGGACAUGGCUGAGAAGACUCGACGGUCGCUCACCGUGCUGCGUCAGUGCCAAGAGGCCGACCGCGAGGAGAUCAACCACUGGAUCCGGCGCUACAGCGACACCGAGGACGCCAAGAAGGGCCCCGUGCCUGCCACCGCCCGGCCCCUCAGCAGUUCCGUGGGUGCAGAGGGGUCUCAGCUAGACGCCCACCGGGAGUUCAUGCCCAGGACCCUCUCUGGCUACAUGCCCGAGGAGAUCUGGAGGAAGGCUGAAGAGGCCGUGAAUGAGGUGAAGCGGCAGGCGAUGUCGGAGCUGCAAAAGGCGGUGUCGGACGCGGAGCGAAAGGCCCACGAGCUCAUCAGCACAGAGCGCGCCAAGAUGGAGAGGGCCCUGGCAGAGGCCCGGCGGCAGGCCUCAGAAGACGCCCUGACUGUCAUCAACCAGCAGGAGGACUCCAGCGAGAGCUGCUGGAACUGCGGGCGCAAGGCCAGUGAGACCUGCAGCGGCUGCAACGCGGCGCGCUACUGCGGCUCCUUCUGCCAGCACAAGGACUGGGAGAAGCACCACCACGUGUGUGGCCAGAGCCUGCAGGGCCCCGUGGCCGCCGUGGCCGACCCGGGGCCCGGACAGCCCGACGCCACCGCCGGCCUGGGCCCCUGCCUGCCCACGGGCGCCGCCAGCCCCAGCGAGGCCAGCUCCGCGGGGCCCUCCCGCCCCGGCUCCCCCGGCCCGCCCGGACCCCUGGACGCCGCGCCCCGCUGACCCCCAGACCCCGCCGCCCGGCCCCCCACCCCCCGCGGCCACCGCGCCCUCCGGCCCCGCCCGGCCCCGGCCCCCCCCCCCCCCGGGUCUGCCGGCCGCCGCCCCCGACCCUGGGGCCCUGGGAGCCGGCCGGAGCCGCUGCUGCUACUGCUUCUCUCCAAAAGAAAACAGAACCGACAAAAACUGCAUCAACGCAACUUCCUCAGCAACCUGGCGGCCCCCCGCCACGACCUCGAGCGUCCUCAGAGACCUCCCGCCAAGCUUUAGACGGCAGGGCGGCCGGCGUGCCCACGCCGGCUCUGCCCGCCGCCCUCGUGCCCUCCGUUCUUCUGUCUGACUUUCACACACUGUCUCUUUAAUGAACAAAAUCUAGUCGUUUGGUGGCUUAUGUUUUCGGUGAAGAAUUUUGGGGGGUUUUGUGGAACAGAACUACUCAGAAACGGACCCAGAAAAUGGGGGUUUUGUCCCCUUCCCGGUUAAAACGGGAGACAGAAAAUUGUCGUGUUAUAGCUGGAGGUCUGAGCCGCCGCGACACGGAGGCCGCCCCGGGGGCGUGUGGCCAGCGCGGUGAAGACGGUAAGAAGAAUUUCGAUUUCCGACUCGAGAAACAUGGUUUGCUUUCAGGUUAUUUUUUUUUCUUUUAAUGUCAAACUCUUUGGCUUUAAGUAGAAAUCCAAAAAGGUUUUUGAAAAACAGGGAGGGAAGUGCACCUGUCAACUACCUUGCCAGCUAGCCAGCCAAGGACGCCGGACACACCUCUGCUCCAAAGGAAACCCAAAAAGCAAACACGAGACGUCAAAAUCCAAAAUGUUUUCGUCACUGCCAAAGUACCUUUCCCACGGUUUUACCCCACUCCUGGAUUUGUUCAUCUGUCGUCCCGUUCUCUCGCUCUGAUUCCGUGUUUGGGGUGCGGGCACUCGGAGUCUGGAGGGCGUCGCCCGGCAAGAAGCAACGUGUCUCUUUUCCACGACGGCAGGGCCUCGGCUGGGCGCGCCGGCCCCGCGUGGACACGCGGGCGGGGGACGCCCCCGUCUGUCCUCGCGCCCUCUGUGAAUCUUCAUCACGUUGCAUGUUUCCCACUUGUGAGAAAGCGCUCACGUGUCCUUCCCAGGAGAGAAGAGUUCCGAGACGAAACCGUGACAAUCUCUCGGGUUGAUUCUUGACUGCUUUUCGAAGCACCAGGAGACAGCGACUGGGCCUUCGGACUCCUGCUUCUCCGCGUCUCCUCCUCUACCUCUCCUCCCCCCCCCCCCGCCCCCGCCCCGGCCCCGCAGCCGCCGCACCUGCUCCCCUCUGUUCACACUGUCGCAGAAACAGGAGAAAAGCCGCAGACAGGAACGGUCUGCCCUCACCGCGCCUGCCGGACUCUCGGUCAGCUGUAUAUACCCCCGCGUCCCUGUCCAGCUGCUCCUUGGGGAGGUGGUCUCUCGGACCCCCCAGCCCUGCCCUCUCCCCCCACUCAGCCGCCCCGAUGAUCUCAAGGAGACAACGAAGGAGUGAGGAGAGCCUCACGUGUACUCCCCGGGAGUGAGAGAGCAGACGCGGCCCACGAUCCGGCCUGCGUCGCCGUGAGGAAUUCCCGGGACUGGAGGGCAGUGCGGGGCGUGAGCAGCUGCUGAAGCGGGGGGUCCUGGGCGCCCCGCCCAGAGGCAAGUCAGUGGUAUAAUGCGUUAAUGUGAAUGUACAUAGUCCCCGCAGAGGUCCCGAUGAUGAUGUUCGUGGCGACGGUAAUUAAAAAGGGAUGUUUGCCAAAUAAAAAAGAGAAACCACGGAAGCAUGUGAGGUUUAGGAAGUAGAUUCUCAAAGAAACCGGAACCGUGUUCCUGUGGGGAGCAGUGGGCUUGUUCGCUGUUGUUUUUUCAGAGUUGUAAGAAUCCCUCGUGCGGUGCGCAGAGAAGGGGUUCCGCGCGGCUGCCUCGGACCGGGCGCCGCCCCGAGCCCCGCCUCACAGCGGAACCCAAUUCUGAAAGUGGCGAUAGACCCAUCUCAUCCUCCGGAAAUUUCCCCAGGCUCCAGCCACAGGUCUGCGAACCUCUCAGAGGUUUGCUUUCGUGGGUUCCAGAAAAGCAAGGACCAGUUUGGGAUUGGGGCUCUGGAUGAGCCGGUGGAAGCCUGCCGUGGUGUUUCCAGGCCUCUGUCUCUCGCGCGCGGGUGUCGGACCUAUUAAAAUGGUGGUUUCGGCUGUGCGCCUUGGAGGACCGA